AUGGCGUUGGCCCUGAGCCACCCCGCUGUUCUGUCCCUCAGCGCCCCCCAGCUGGCAGCCUACAUAGCGGCCCUGGUGUGCUGCGAGGUCAUACGCAGGCCCAUGAGCGUGUGGACGCCCUACCAGGUGUCCCCUGAGGUGCUGACGGCCAUAGAGGAGCUGGAGCCGGCCCGGGAGGCCCUCUUUGAGGCGCAGACCGCCGCGGGCAUGAUCCGCUGGAAUGAGUCGCUGCUGGUGGACCUGCGCUUUGCAGGCAUCGUGGAGGCGUGGGCGUCUGGCGCCAGCUGGGCGGACGUGAUGGGCGGCGUUGACCUGGACGACGGCGACAUGGCCCGCCUGCUGGCGCGCACCGUGGACGUCCUGCGGCAGGCCAUCUUCCUGGAGCACCUGCUGCCCUACAUCGUGCCGCCCGCGCGCGAGGCCGUGCGCGCAAUGGACCGGCCGCCCAUCAGCGACCUCACGCUGUGA